AUUGCUGUAAAAGACACACAGCGACCCAAGACAACGAAUACAUCCGCUCCAUCUAAAUCACCACCACGAAGCCCUGUAGCAUUACGAGCACCGCCUAUUGGUCCUGCCGCUACUCCAGUAUCCUCAGCCACAACGGUGCCAGCUCCGCAAACUCAGAAAAAUCCCCAGACACCAAGUACUGCACCACACAGACCAGAUACCACGAGUCCAACAAACCCACAAUCAGGACCUCGAGGCUAUGUU